UGGCGAUAUGACGUCAUAAGGCUGCGCUGCGCUCCUGUCUGUGAUUCGGCUAAAGAAAGGACAAAGUGUCCAAACACACAGAAAAACUCCUGGUAAAUCAACUGAGAUCCACGUGACACUUUUAUAAAGAUGGCGUUUAUUAAAGAGGAGAUUGAAGACAUGAAGAUUGAAGAAACAUUCGGAGUCAAACAUGAAGAUACUGACACACAAAUAAAGACGGUGUUUAUUAAAGAGGAGAGUGAAGACAUGAGGAUUGAAGAAACAUUCAGAGUCAAACAUGAAGAUACUGAGGAACAAACAGACCUGAUGGCAGUGAAAGAGGAGAGUCCAGAUCUGACUGAAAUGGAAGAGAAAGAUAUGAAACAUCACGAUUUCAUAACUGGAGAAAAAUCUUGCUGUUUUUCACAGACUGAAAACACUUCCUCUCAAAAAAGAGCUCAGAAGACUGGAACUACAAGUCAUUUCAUCUGCCAACAGUGUGGAAAGAGUUUUAGUAAAAAAGGAAACCUUACAGUCCACAUGAGAAUUCACACUGGAGAGAAGCCGUACACAUGCACACUGUGUGGAAAAACCUACAAUCAAACAGGAGCACUAAAGAUUCACAUGAGAGUUCACACUGGAGAGAAGCCUUACACGUGCCAAUAUUGUGGAAAGAGCUUCCUACGAACAGAUAUUCUCAAGAGUCACUUAAGAAUUCACACUGGAGAGAAACCGUACACCUGCAAACUGUGUGGAAAAACCUGCAGUCAAAAAGGAAAACUCAAGAUUCACAUGAGAGUUCACACUGGAGAGAAGCCUUACACAUGUGAUCAGUGUGGACAAUGUUUCACAUAUAAAGAAAACUUUAAUAAGCACAUGAAGAUCCACUUAAGAGUGAACUGUUUAACUGCCAUCAGUGUGGACUGAGUUUCACAGACGGGAAUCAACUUAAGAGACACAUGAUAACUCACAUUGGACCGGAGCCUUUUAUGUGUAACGACUGUGGAAAGACUUUCAUUAAAAAAGCAAACCUCAGGACUCACAUGAGAGUUUACACUUGAGAGAAGUUUUUCACCUGCCAAGAGUGUAGAAAGAGUUUCAGACAUAAAAACCCUUUAUAUCCUUUAUGACAGUCACCAGAGAGAGGCCUUUUCAUGUUUCAGUGUGAGUUUUACAUAACAAAUUUAUCUGUAGAGUUAUUUUGUGAACUUAUUCUGUCAAGGUAUUUUGAGUGAGAAUUCACCUGUGUAUUCACUCUGAAGAAAGUAUAGUACCCAAGAGUCCUUAAAAAAAAGUCUGCAAAAACAUUAAAAUUAAUUUCAACAACUUUAAA